AGCCUCUGCUAACUAGAGCUUGAAAAAAUGAGCUUUUUCGCCAAAGUGUUCGGCGGUAAGAAGGAGCCCACGGCUCCUUCAACGGCCGAAGCGAUCCAAAAACUCAGAGAGACCGAGGAAAUGCUUAUGAAGAAACAAGAAUUCCUCGAGACGAAGAUCGACGGUGAAAAACAGGCAGCUAGGAAGCACGGAACUGCGAACAAACGAGCUGCAAUUCAGGCACUGAAACGAAAGAAACGCUAUGAAAAACAAUUGCUGCAAAUCGAUGGAACGUUGUCCACAAUUGAAAUGCAGCGGGAGGCGCUGGAGGGUGCCAAUACCAACACAGCGGUCCUGACCACCAUGAACAGUGCCGCAGCUGCUCUAAAGGCUGCCCAUCAACACAUGGAUGUUGACCAAGUUCACGACAUGAUGGAUGAUAUCGCGGAGCAACAAGAUGUUGCACGCGAAAUUUCCGACGCAAUUUCAAACCCGGUUGCCUUUGGCCAAGAUGUGGAUGAAGAUGAAUUGGCCAAGGAACUCGAGGAACUCGAACAAGAGGAAUUGGACAAAGAGCUGCUCGGAGUUGGCGGAAUUGGAACUCCUAGCGAACUCCCAGCCGUUCCUGCUACAUCAGUGCCUGCUGCUCCUGCUAAAGCUCGUUCAAAAGCCAAAGCCGAAGAAGUCGACGACGAUCUAAAGGAAUUGGAAGCCUGGGCCUCGUAAAGAAACUAGGGCUAUGCUGUGUACACAGAGUAGAAC